AAUAAAAAACGUGAAAACCAAAGAGUAUCCCUCUCUCCAUUCUACAAUGCCACCAUUUACACACACUAAAACACAUACACAGGUUGACUUUCUCCUUCUCUCAUGGCGGCAUCCAGUCGCCACCGGAAAUUUAUGGAAGACACAACCAAAGCCACCGCCAUAGAUCGGUAUUGUACGACUCAGUGUAAUCUGCCUCUGAAUCCUACAGGCGUUUGCGUGUCCACUUGCCACUACAUAUGUCCUUCCAUUUGUCGCGUCAUCGACUCGUCUCCUCCACCGUCGUCGUCGUCGUUUUCGCCGGCCAACAGUCCUUACCCAUCAUUACCGAUCACUAAACAUCACCAUCCACCACUCUCUCUACCUCUCAGAAUCUCUCUCAUCUUCCUCUUCGUCACGUUCUCCCUCUUCUUCCUCUACACCCUCUGCAAACUCUCUGUUGUGUGGUGCCGAUCCAGAUGCCACCGCACUCCGCCGCCACCUUCUCCGGAAAAUUAUGAAACCAAUGAUAACGAAUUAGUAGAUCACCCCAUCUGGUACAUCAGGAGUGUCGGUCUUCAAUCAUCGGUGAUAAACGCCAUAGCCGUUGUGAAUUUCAGCAAAGAUGACGGUGUUGUCGAGGGAUCUGAUUGUUCUGUUUGUUUGAGUGAAUUUGAAACCGACGAGACGCUUAGAUUAUUACCCAACUGUAAACAUGCUUUUCACGUAUCAUGUAUUGACACAUGGCUCAGAUCACACACAAACUGUCCUUUAUGUCGUGCCGCAAUCGUCAAUAACAUCGUCGAUUCGCCAUCGCCGGAGCUAAACACCGAUGAAGUUGGGCUAAUGGGAGAACCGGAUUUAGGGAUCUCACUUCCUGUGGACGAUAACAGAGGAGAAGCUAGCGAAAGUGCUGAAUUGAGAAUUGGGGAAACAGAUGAAGAAGAUGCAAACAGUAUAACAAAGGCAGAGGUGUUGAUCAUCAGAAGGUCAGUUUCUGUAGAUGAUUUAGAAGUUUCUGAUCAUCAUGAGAUUCCAAUUCAAUCUGUUGAUGGCGAUUUGGGAAUCGAAUUGGUAAAGAUUGAUCAAAUAACAGAUAACAAUCAUCCGAUGAGAGAUGGGAAGUAAUCAAAAUCAGAGUUUCUUAAAGAUUUAUGAUCAGUGCUUCGAUCAGAAGAUCAAUGGAAAUCAACCCCAGAUCGAUUUGAAAUUUGUGGCAACAGCAACCGAAGAGAUAAACCCCAACAUCAAGUUUUUUUGCCUUUGAUUGCAUCUUGUUCAAAUUUCGAUUUCAAAAGGCAAUUGAGUUAUGGUUGUUUCAAGUAAUUAUUGGGUUUUUAUGCUCAAAUUUCAUGCCAUUAUUAUGAU